AUGGCCAAACCGAGCAGCUUCAGGGCAGUCUACAAAAUCGAGGACUCGCAGGAAAUCGACGUAGAUGUGUACUUGCCCCAGUCAAAGAAUGAAAUUGCGCCACAGAUCAAAUGCCCAAUAUAUCCCUUUUGGACAUCGAAACUUCCUCAUGUGGCUGCAAAGCUUCCCAAGGACCUCAAGAAGGAUUUUAUGAACAAAAUCUACGAUGAGCGGCCUGUCCCCAUUGUCGGGGGCGUUUCGCUCGAAGGCCAAGCCCAAGGGCCUCCCGAUUUCAGCGACCCUCGUCCAGCUUUUGCAAUGACGCAGAUUGCUAGUGGUAAUGUGCUAGGUGCCAUUUAUCCUUCCAAGGAUUGGAAAUCGGUUGACCCUCUGCUGAAUGUCAACCAAAACUUCCCUCCGACCUACAUCGCCCAUGGGGGGGCGGACACCAUGGUACCGAUUGGUUUGAGCAGAGACCUUCUUCGAGUACUGGGGGAACAUGGGAUCAAGUCUGGAAUGGGCGAGAUCCCUGGCGAGGAACACACAUUCGCAGCAAAGAUGCAAGUUGGUUCUCAAACAUGGGAUUUACAGCGAAGAGGGUUCGAUUUCUUACAGAACUUAAUAUGA